UUCCUCUCACUCUCACACACACAGACGACGAAACUGAAUCCUAUCAGUGUUUGUGGUAAAAUGGCAAAAGCCAAUUCCGCACUGGAUCCGAACCAGUUCAGCUGUGCAAUCUGUCUGGAUCAACUGAAGGAUCCAGUGACUAUAGGCUGUGGACACAGUUACUGUACGAGCUGCAUUAAGAGCUGCUGGGAUCAGGAGGAUCGUCUUGGAGUUUACAGCUGCCCCCAGUGCAGACAGACCUUCAUACCCAGACCUGUUCUGCGCAGAAACACCAUGCUGGCUGAGGUGGUGGAGAUACUUAAGAAGACUGGACUACAAGCAGCUACUCCUGCUGACCAUCAUGCUGGACCAGGAGAUGUGGAGUGUGAUUUCUGUACUGGGAGAAAACACAAAGCUGCCAAGUCCUGCCUGGUGUGUCUGGCCUCUUACUGUGAAACUCACCUCCAGCCUCACUAUGAGUCUCCAGCUUUUAAGAAGCACAAGCUGACUGAUGCCACUGGACAUCUGCAGGACAUGGUCUGUUCCCAGCAUGACAGACCACUGGAGGUCUACUGCCGUACCGACCAGCAGUGUAUCUGUUAUCUCUGUACAAUGGAUGAACACAGAGGCCAUGAUACAGUCUCAGCUGCUGCACAAAAGGAGAAACAAAUGGGAGAAACACAGAGGGAAUUUCAGCAGAGAAUUCAGAUGAGAGAGAAGGAGCUGCAGGAGCUGAGAGAGGCUGUGGGCUCAUUCAGAGUGAGUAUGAACCUGAAGAGAAGAUAACAGCUGGCUUGUGAU